AUGUCUGGACUCGUUUCUGAUGAAGUUGCGGAGGACUAUAAGAACUCCCUAGAGGAUCUCACCUCGAAUGACAAGUUCCAGAUAAGCAACCUGACCGUCAUCGCCAAGGAGAACACCGAACAUGCGAUGGCCAUCUCCCGAGUCUUGGAGAAUCAUAUACGAAACACACCACCAUCUCAAAAGUUACCAGCUCUUUAUGUAGUGGACUCAGUUGUGAAGAAUGUAGGGACUCCUUACACGCUGUUCCUAGGACGCAACCUAUAUCAGACGUUUAUGAACGCCUAUACUCUCGUCGACUCGCAGACACGCAAGAAAUUAGACGAAAUGCUUAAAACAUGGAAAGAACCCGUUCCGGGCUCCCUGGAUCCCAGGCCUGUGUUUCCCGUUGAAGUUACUCGCAAUAUCGAGAAUGCUCUGAUUAAAGCUAGAACAGCGGCCCUUCAGCAACAGCAGACGAGAAGCCAGCAAGAAGCUAUGAGUCUAGGUCGAGGAGUUGGUACGCCGCCGCCUGCAUGGCGAAAUACCCCGACACCGCCUCAGGGUGCCUCUCGAUAUCCCGCCGUACAUGGCUAUAACCAGCAGAUGCCGAGCAACGGGCAUGGAUAUCCUAACCCACAAGCAUAUAACCAGCAAUCUCAGGAACCCAUCAACCUCGCGGCCUUGCAUCGUGACGUCGACUCGCUGAUAUUAAGUGUGCGGCUCGAAUUCACGGCUAACCCACUUAACACUGCAGUUCAGCAGAAACUAAAAGCCCUUGUUGAUUUACAGAGCAUAUUGCAACAGCAACGGUUACCUGAGGCACAACUAAGACAGAUUCGAGACCAGGUAUCUCAGCUUUCAGCUUCGAGCGCAAAGCCAACGCCAACGCCUGCUCCUGCCGCCUUGCCUGCUCACAUAUCAACUCCCGCGAUAUCUACGCCACCCAUGGGAGCAAUACCGCCCCAGGCUCCACAGCCAAACCUCCAAGCUCUCCUGAACCCGAAUACACUUGCAGAGCUGAUCAAGGCAACUGCACAGAAACCUACACCAAAUCCGCAAUCUCAACCUUAUACUCAACCAGUGGCGUCAGCACCUACUCUAGCAGCAGCCGUACAGCCGGCAGCCGCAACGUCUUUGAACAAUAACCCGUUAAUAGCCUCCCUAAGGGCUCGUGGCCUUCUCCCACCUGCAACAGCAAUUUCCACAGCUACACCACCAACUCUUCCCUUUAUCAUUCCAGGCCAGCCCACUUAUACCCCCCCAGCCGCUACCCCCCACGCACAAGAUGCUAAAAUUAAAGUACCAAUGAGCUCUGCCUCAAUACGGAUACCGCGUCCGAACUUAAUUUCUUGCCUGUACGAUGACAAACCGAACCGCUGCGGGACAUGUGGUCGUCGAUUUGUCUCAACCCAGGAAGGCAAAGAAAAUAAAGCCAGACAUCUAGAUUGGCAUUUUAAAACCAACUUGCGCAUGAACGAAGCUGCCAAAAGAAGCCAGAACCGAAGCUGGUAUCUCGACGAACGUGACUGGAUAAAAUUCAGAGAAUUUGAAGACGACAUCGGUGCCGAUGAUGCCUCCGCCUCCGCCAGCAAAUCUAACGGCGAAGAUGCAUCAGGUAAAAAAGCAGAGCAACAGCGCUGGAUCCACGCUCCCAACGAUGCAGCUCUUCGCAACACCCCUUGUCCAAUCUGCCAGGAAAAUUUCGAGUCCACAUGGUUUGAAGACGCUCAGGACUGGAUCUGGAGAGAUGCUAUUAAAGUUGGGAACCGUAUAUACCACGGCAGUUGCUAUGCAGAAGUGACCAAGGAUGGUGGUGCGGGCACGAAUCCUGACACACCACGCGGCCGAACCAGUACGCCAGAUUCAGUGCUAGGGAAGCGGAAAGCUGAGGAUUCGGAUCUCUCUGCAUCCAAAGUCAGAAUUAAAACCGAGCCGGCCUCAUAG